AUGCCAUUGACCAAAGUGACUCCCAGGAAGCCUGGGUUUUUAUGCUCUAUUUGCUUGCUUCGCCUUCCUUCUGAAGAGGAAUGGAGAGAUCACUUGCUAGCUUGUGGAAUGGCUGAUAAUAAUCGACGAAAAUAUGAAUGUGAAUUAUGUGAUCAAGCUUUUAGUAAGAAAAUUAUCUUAACCAGGCAUGUGAAACGCGUGCAUAAGGAACAAGAGAUUUCAGAAUUACAAGGAAAGAGGCAGAUUCAAGAUUCGUCAGUGGAAUCACUUAUAGAAGAGGAUUGGCUAGAAGAUCCAGGAGAACUAAUUUUUGAAGAAACCAACAUUGAGUUAGGUAGAACUCAGAGAAAAAGAACUGCUCCGCGUUUGCCAGGUAUAAAAAGAAAAACAACAGACAGAGUGAACCAAGUAGUUGAGGAAGAAAUAAUAAAAGACAAGGAUGCGAAGAAUGAAGACGAAGCAACUAGAAGUAGACCAGACCAGGAGGCACCUGUGGAGAAUCUGCAUUGCUCCUGUUGCAAGAAACAAGUUGAGACAGUGGAAGUAGCUACACAGGCCAACAUUCAUGUUGAAGAAGUAAACCAGAGAAGACAUAAGAAGAUCAUACGAGUGAUCAGAAAAUAUCAAGAAAAUGGAGAAACCAUUGAAAAAUUUGAAGAGGACAUUUGGUAUGAUUAG